CACAGUCUCUGCCAGAGAGCAAGAUAAGUUUCUUCGCACCUCCACUGACUCAAAUAUAAGUGUGCCGAUUCACCAACUCUCUCCUCUUCCCGUUGAACGGCGCCGAGGAACUUGGUACAUUCUCAUCAUGGACUCAACUACUACACCUGUCGCCCUCCAGCCGACCAAGUCACGUUUUGCAAUCUUCAAGCAAUCGACCCAUCGUCGUUUCUCCAGAUUCCAUGGCCGAAUUCCAUACCUCAGGAAGCUUCCCUUGCCCGCCAUUCUGAUCAUUGCCCUUUUGAUCUUUGUGAACCUCGUCAUCUGGGCGAUAUGUGGAAUCAUCCUCGCCUAUCACACCGAACUCCUCUCCACCGCAGCAUUGGCAUACAGUCUGGGCCUCCGACAUGCCCUGGACGCAGAUCACAUCUCUGCUAUUGACUUGAUGACUCGCCGCCUGAUAGCUACUGGACAGAGGCCCGUCACCGUCGGAACCUUCUUUAGCUUGGGCCACAGUACCAUUGUAAUUGUCACAUCCAUCGUCGUCGCCGCUACUGCCGCCGGCGUUGCCGACCAUUUCGAUGGCUUUGGGAAUGUCGGAGGCAUUAUCGGCACCUCAGUCUCAGCGGCCUUCCUUCUUCUGCUGGGUAUCAUGAACGCCUACAUCCUUUACAAGCUUGUCGUUCAGAUUAGAAAGGUCAUCCGCAUGCAACCUGAACAGGCUGCAGAAGAGGCCUGGAAAAUCGAGGGAGGCGGCGUCCUCUUCCGUGUACUUAAAAAGAUGUUCAAGCUGAUCGACCGCCCCUGGAAGAUGUACCCCUUGGGUGUCUUGUUCGGGCUGGGGUUCGAUACUAGCUCCGAGAUUGCCCUACUCGGCAUUAGCAGUAUCCAAGCCGCCAGAGGAACCAGUAUCUGGCUGAUCCUCAUCUUCCCAAUCCUCUUCACCUCCGGCAUGUGUCUGGUUGACACCAUCGACGGCGCACUUAUGAUGAGUUUAUACGUCGCUCCAAUGGACAUGGGUGGUGAUGACAAGAAGCAAGAUCGAUCCUCUUUCGAUGUCACUACAGCCCCGGCAACCGUCGUUACAACAACCACCGAACGCGUCGGCUCCGAAGAAUUCGAACAAUCCCCUGCGACAGAGCCCGCCCCAGUCCAAGGAAAUCAUCGCAUCAAAGAUCCUCUGACAUUUCUCUACUACAGCAUCGUGCUAACGUCGCUGACCGUCGUUUGUGCUGUUGUGAUUGGCGUGCUGCAGCUCCUCUCCCUCAUUCUCAACACCGCACAUCCCACCGGUGCAUUCUGGGAUGGCGUCGAGAUGGCUGGCGAAUAUUACGAAAUCAUUGGCGGUGCAAUCUGUGGUAGUUUUGUCGUCUUUGGCGGUAUCAGUGUGCUGUGUUACCGCCCUUGGAAACGUUGGGUCGCUCGAGAACGAGCUCGGCUGCGAGCCCAUGGAGAAUUAGGUACUGGCAAUGGCACAGGACCACCAUACCGAGACGACGAAGGCCCUGAGCCUCGUUCUGACCUUGAAGAUGCGGGUGAAGGUGGCAUCUAUCUUGAUCGGGCUAGCCCAGAGCCAUUGGUCGAUAUUGGAGGCAAGCCACAGAUCCAGAAAGCCAGUCCAAAGGCUUUUGACACAGCUCCUCCUGGAACUACCCCUGGUGGCAGCGGCAGCGCUUUAUGA